GUUUUCAAUCUCGUGACACACCAGAUGUCUACAGAUGUGCUGGACCACGCAUCUCUUGUAAAUCGCAAGUGGGUGAAUUUUCCAUGUAAUACUGCUAAAUACCUGUUUCAAAACCAGGAGUAACCGAAACGAUGUCUGACAGAGAAAAUGAACAUUUAUACACACCAACUUCCAAUGCAGAAAAUGAUCCUGAAAUUUUUGUCGUAAAUAAAGGUGAUCCUGGUUUGAUCCAUGGGCUAACAGCAUUCACUGCUGCUUUGUUUAUUACUGGCGAGAUGGCAGGCUCGGGUGUACUAGCAUUGCCUAAUGCUGUAGCGAAUACCGGCUGGACUGGAAUGAUUUUGAUCUUAACAUUGGGAUUAUUAUCUGCAACGUGUGGAAUAGUCCUUGGAAAAUCCUGGGUAAUACUAAGGCGUGAUUUUCGUGAAUACCAAGAGCAUGUCAGAUACCCUUACCCUGCAUUGGGUUUCCAUACUUACGGCAAGGCUGGAAAAUAUGUGGUGCAGUUCUGUAUCAACGCGACUUUGAUAGGAGCUUGUACGGUAUUUGUUUUGUUGGCCUCAGAGAAUUUGAGCAGUUUGAUUGAUCUAAAUAUUACAACUAUGUCUGAAAAAAAUGAAUACAGAAUCUGGCUAGUAAUUUGUACAUCAUUCCUAUUGCCCUUGACAUGGCUAGGAACACCCAAGAACUUCUGGCCUGUGGCAUUGAUUGCAAUUAUAGCAACAUCCAUUGCAUGUUUGUUAAUUAUCAUAAAAGUUGGAGUGGAUUUUGAUGGUGUUGCAAAAGAUAGGGCUGUUACUACUAGUUCAUUUUUCUCAGCAUUUGGUGCAAUAGCAUUCUCUUUUGGUGGUAAUGCUGCAUUUCCUACAAUUCAAUGUGACAUGAAACAACCAAGAUUAUUUUCCAAUUCAGUCGUAAUGGGGUACUCUGCUGUCCUUGCAUUAUACCUUCCUGUAUCCUUCCUGGGUUAUCUUGCCUAUGGUGAAGAUGUGAAUACCAACAUUCUCAUGAAUCUCUCAUCAACAUCUCCUGUUACAAAAUGUGUUUCGGCAAUGAUUGCAUCACAUCUGCUCUUUAGUUUUAUCAUUGUUAUUAAUCCUGUAUCACAACAGAUGGAGGAAUGGUUAAAUGUGCCUAAAGGCAAAGUGACAGUGAAAAGCUGUUUGGUUCGUACAUUUCUUGUGUGCUGCAUCCAUGGCUUGGCUCAAGGCAUACCACACUUUGGCCUGUUCUUAGAUCUUGUUGGUUCAUCAACUACUAUGCUGUUGACCUUUGUUUUUCCAUGCUUGAUUUACCUGAAGCUCCAAAAUGACAUAUCUCUACAUUUCAAAGUUUUUUUAUAUGAAACUAUUGUAGUAGGCCUACUGGCUGCAGUUGUCUCAACCAUCUUUGCUAUUAAAGCUAUUGUCACAAAACUCGGUUCUUAAAGGAUCAACUCGCAACGCAACAACGUUUUGAAAAAGGUUUACGCGUCGAAUAUAAUAUACAUGAACUAAUUUGUAACGUAGAAAUUGUUUUGGAAACAAGUUGAAAGUUUAUGAACUGUUUUUAUUCCACACAACAUUACUGUUUAGAUUAUUGUUGCGUUGCGAUCGAGUUGAUGUUGAAAGUUGUUUUGUGUAACAUUACCUUAAUCUACUGUGAUAUACUAUUGAGCUGGGAUGAAGUUAACUACUGUUCAUACAACUGGCACCUGCAAAUGCACCAUAAGCCUCCAAAUAAUGCCACUCCCCCUCAAUGAGUAUAUACCCUCUAUAUAUUAGCUCUCAAGAUUUGCCAACGCUACCAUCAUUCAUAGCAUCAGCCCGCCGAAAAAAACCCAAACCAUAUUUCCUGCAGUUUAGGCAUGUGCGUGUAUCAAAUUGAUCAACUAAUUUAUGUCUUAAUUAGCGGCACGUUCCUACCUACAGAACAAUUAAGUAUUUAAAUAAUCUCCAAUUACCUGGGGCCGGAUGUAUAAAAAGGUAGUUAACUUUUACCCAAAAUUAGUAAACAGAAUUGGCCGAUCAGAUUCGUGUAUUUUGAAAUUACCUACGAUUUAAAUGUCCAAUUGCAUGAGAAAGAGCAGACGCUAUAACUUUUGUUUUGUAGAAUGUGGUUUUGAAAGUUCCUUUUUCGCCAUGCAGAUUUCAAAUAAUUUUUAAUUAAUGAUUACAAAUAUAUUUUAAUUAAUAUAUUAUCUCAAAUACCAUUUAAA